AUGGAGACCCCAGGAUUUGGAGGUGAGAAACAUCUACGGAGUACGGAGUACUCCAGACUCCAACUAUCCAACACCAAGACGCAUCCACGAACCCCAGGAGAGCCGGCGGCGGCGCUGGAGGAGAGGAAAGUGGACUUUGGAGGAGCGGCGCCGGCGCCCAGCAGGCCGGCCAAGAACCGCCAAGUUGCCCGUCAUCCCUUGGCUGCCAGACUGACCUACCAGAGGUUCAACUCUUCUCAUUUGCAACCCACCUCAUAUGUCCACCUCGGGGCGGCCAAGACGUCCGCCGUCCAAUACCAUCAGCUGACCAGUGUCUCUUGCGACACCGAAUGGAGAAAUGCGAUCAAGCAUGCUGGAGAAGGAUUUGGCAAAGACCCUGCUCCGAGUAUCCCGCAAACGUGCACCGGCAUGAUGAGCUGGAAGGCGUGGUUGUAG